AUUGCGAUUAACCUGUUUUGAAUUCUCAUCGUCAUUUGUAAAUAAUUCAUAUUCACGUAACUAUAAUCCAAAAAUAAACAACAUCGGCACUUAUACUUGUGGGAAGAUAAUAGUCCAUACGUGAAAAGAAGACUGGUCUUUCUGGGUUUCGUCUUGAUAUUAGAAUCUAACCUCAAUUUUAACCUUAAAAUUUCUCCACGUACGUGAGAUUCGGGGUAUCAAAGUGCAAUAUGGAUGCAUGAUUACUCGACUGUUUCCUUGACAUCAAUUUUCGUAACCGUGAAAUAAGUACCAUACUCAUAUCUAGUUAGAACGAUGGCGCCACCCACAAAAAGCACUAAGGUAGCGACGAGAGGAGCCAAACAAAUACUGGAAGAAAAUGCAUCCACCCUCAGUUUUUACAGAAACAUGGUAUUCGGAGCAUCUGGUAUUUACCUCACAGCAAUGAUGGUCUUCUUUGCAUUCACCACUUUUACUAUUACUUUCACAAUAUUAACGGGGUUGAUAUACGUAGCUUGUUAUCAAUUCAUGGCAUAUAUGGCCCGUGCAAAGUAUGCUGAAUCUGGCCAGCUCAUUGAUUCAGGAGUUGACUUGAAUAUGGAGGGCGGCAUCGCUGAGCACGUUAAGGAUCUGAUCAUACUAACGUCCGGUGUUCAAGUGCUGUCUCUGAUUUCAAACUACUUCUGGUUUUUGUGGCUAUUGGCGCCGCUGCGGGGGGGCUGGAUGUUAUGGACAAAGAUACUGUCGCCAUGGUUUUUUGCCGCACCUCAGGAUCAGCCGGAGAUUGACGAGAAAAAACAGCGCAAGAUGGAGCGGAAAUUGGCAAAGCGUCAUUAAUUAAUUGUACUACGCUAUUGCCGUCAGAUGCGUCGGCGCCGGGGGGGGGGGGGGGGGGGGGGCAAAUACACGCAAUAUACAAGUCAAUCCUGUUCGAUUUUUUUCCCUUCAUCUUCAACUGUCCAUCAACCGACGUGAAUUAUUUAUGUAGAUACAUACAGUUUGCAGCAUGUUUGUUGCAUUCGUGAAAUAAAUACUUUUCUUUGCCAU